CAACCGACUAUCAAUUGGAAAUCAGUUUUUUAAAGAAGUUCUGAUAUUUUUUUCCCAGGAUUCUAAAAUUUUGCAUCCAGAUAUCUUCUUCUGAUUGAGAGAGCCCGCUAGUAACAACAAGAUGAGUAGUGCCUCAACGAGUACUGCUCCCAAUAAAGAAAUUUCAUGUGCUGUUGCUCGCAAACCUUCUCCUUCAGCUGGACUUUCUAGCUUGUCCCUCGAUCUACUUAUACGCUACAUCGAUAACGUUUUGUCUGCUAUCAUCAACCAGAGCUUGGGCUGCAAAAUAAUUGAUAGUGGAACAGAGCUAAGGGAUUUAGUGCAGCCUGUUGCCUCAGAUUUUUCCAACAUAUUUGAUGGCAUUUCAGAGGGUGCAAAAAUGUUCUCGGAUCAGAAAUUCUUGAAGUCUCAGCUUUCUACCGAGGCACAUUCAGUGGCGGUUGAAGUAUUGAAAGGAUUGGGGAGUGUACACUGGGUUGCAGUGGGGCUUUUAGCGAUAGCUAAAGUUCUAGAAAGAUUCGACAACAUUUCUGCAAAUGACAGAGAAUGCAUAGACCUUCUUAAAGCUAUGCUUAAGCUCGGUAAAUACCUGAAACAGAUGAAAGAUAUUUAUGCUGAUUUGAACAAGGAGAUUUUAGAAGAUAUGAGCGAAGCUGCUAAAUUGAUUGUUUCUGGUGCGAUUCUGUGUUGUUCCUUUAUCACAUCGAACAAAUUAUCCAAGUUCUUGUUAACAAAGAAGAUCCGCGAUGAACUUGUCUAUGUUCGCGGAAAAGUAGAUUCUAUGAAAGCUGAUCUGAUGCUUCAAAUGCAAGUUCUAACCGUGACUACACUUACCUUCUAUCAUCGGCAAUAUAAUGUUGCAGGUGGGAACGAAGAGAAUGAUUGCCUUCAAGUAACAGAACAAAAGCCCUCCGAACAAUCCAAAGAUGCAGAGAGUGUGACUAAGGAGAGCUGUGAAACAAAGCUCGAAGGAUCAGAGUCAGACACUACUCAAUCUUGGGGACAAGAUAUUCAUAAUGGGGUAAAUGAGCACCCAAAAGUCGAAACGCCACUACGUGGCUCUCUUGGGCUGGGUGGAUUUCUUAAAAGAACGAUUCCAAUCAUAUUGGGACUCAAAAAGCCUUCUCCUUCCCCUUCCCCUUCCCCUUCCCCUGCCCCUGCUCUGCCCCCUUCCCCUUAUAUACAGAUAAAAAUGUUGGUGAAAGAGAUUCAAUCAUCUCCAAUUGAGUUCAAACGCGACGAAUUAAAAAGGGCAACAAAAGGGUUUUCUAAACAGAUAGGCAAAGGUGGUUUUGGGAAUGUGUAUUACGGAAUUCUUUCCGAUGGAAAACGAGUGGCAAUAAAGGUGUUGAGCAAAGAAAGUCGUCAAGGCGAAAAACAGUGGAUGAACGAGCUGAGGACUCUAAGCAAGCUACGCCAUCGGAACAUCAUGGAGCUGGUGGGAUAUUGCAUUGAAGGCGGUAUGAUGUUAGUCUAUGAUUAUGUCCCACGAAACCUGUCAAACGUCAUUUUUGGUGAGCAGCCAGUGCAGUUCUUCGAUUGGCCAACAAGACAGAAGAUUAUAUUGGACAUAAUAAGGGGACUCGCAUAUCUUCAUGAGGGUGCACAAGUCUGCAUAUUGCUUAAUGACAUUAAACCCAAUAACAUUCUUCUAGAUGAGAACUUAAACGCCAAGAUAUGUGAUUUUGGUCUUGCUAGAAUACUGGAACCAGAUUGCGCCCAAUAUGUGAACAAGGAGCUUCCUACAAAUUACGAGAUGAUCCUACGAGACGCAACUGAAUCUGAUACCACUACAUAUAGGACUGUGGCUGGAACACCGGGUUACCUGGAUCCUGAGUAUUUUAGAACCGGUCGUGCGAGUGUGGAAUCCGACAUUUACAGCUUUGGAGUGACGCUGUUAAAUAUCGUAUCUGGCAAAAGAGCAACUGAAUACGUAGAUGACCGGAUGCUCACUCAGCACGCGUGGAGGUUACAUGAAGAGGAUCGGCUCCAUGACCUAAUAGACCCUCGAUUACUCAAUGGUGAUGGUUUAAUUAAUUCAAGCAGCAUAUCAAGAACAAUAAUAACAGCUCUCUGGUGCACUCAUAAUGAAUGCAAGGCACGCCCAUCAGCAUCAGGAGUAUUAAUGAUGCUUUUAUCAGAAGAAAAAAAAUCACUUCCCACCCGGACAGUUGCAGAAAAAGUUUCAGUACCCGAUUUGAAUUUCAACCGUAGUAAAGCAACAAUGCUGAAUGACAAGUAUUUGGAAUCAAGUUACGUAAGAGAUUCCAAUUCCCACCCAAGCAGAUGUCCGGAUUUGAGUUACGUGAGAGACUGGAGUUUUCACACAGAUAUGCUGAGUGGGGAGAGUAGUGAAUCAAGAGCUAGACUCAGAUAAGCUUACCUACAUCUUUCUAUAAAAUCAGAGUAGUACUGUGUUUCAUUUCACUUUGGGUUUGAUUUGUAAUUUGGAAAUUUAAUAAAUGUAUUGUUCUAUAAUCCAGUCUUCUUGACAAACAAUUGACUUUCAA